AUGUUCUUUGUCCUAACAAGCAUUUACUUGUUGGUGACAGCUUGUGAAACUUCCAGUCAACCAACUGGUCCAACAAGCACCACGUACAUGUCUGUGAUCGAAGGUUACGAUGUUACAUUACCUUGCUAUGUACUCUACAAGGAUGAUGAAGAUGAUGAGGACGAUGAAGAUAAUGAGGAGGUGAAGCAAACUCGCAUACGGAAUAAAAUUUUCUACCUUGAUCCUUAUCAGAACGAUAAUGCUGCUAGAAAAGAACCUACAAGAACAAGUAAUAUCAUUUACAAGAUCGACCUGGACAAAUCAAAAAAUGCUAAUGGAUUUAUUUCUCAGAAAGGAAUUAACAUAAAAAAUGAAGCCGAUUACACAAAACUACUUAAAUAUGCCAACGAUAGUGCUUCAAUAGAUUUCACCUGGACAUUAAACGGGGUUCGAACCUUAGUGGACCAGAAUUGUAAACUGCUCGGUGCAAAAAGUGUGAACUCUGGGAAGAACAAUUAUUUAACUGUCGAAAGCACCAACGGACAAUCAUGCCAUCUAAAGAUUAAUAAUGCCACUCAUGUUGUUGCUGGAGUCUACAGAUCGGCUCAGUGUGGAAGAUUUGUCGUGUCUUUUGUCGAGAAACGACCGAAUUGUACGGCGGAUCUUGUAUUGAACAGAACCGUAAAAAAUCGAGUCCUAUCGUUCAUCGAAAAACUGUUCAGCAUCAAGCCAAACAGAAGUCACCUGGGUCGUUACAAUUUCUCUGGGCAGGACAUCGUCGACGAAAAAUAUAAAUAUUAUAAAGAAAUGAUGAAUGCCAAUAACAAUGAGAAAUUUAAUAGUAACAAAACAAGCAACGAUAAAAACACUAGAGCUAAAUUUAAUAAAACACUUCAACAUAAUAAAGAAGAAAUAAAGAAAAAAAUGAAACUUCUACAAAUGUACUACAACGAUCUCAUAGGUGAGCAUUUGCUCUACACCGCUUCUUGCGCUAUCGGGUACAUCACCACACCUGAUGACGAAAACGUCGACGAUGUCGAAAUCAAUGAUAUCACAAAGCCAAUAGUUUACUUUAAACCAUCUCUGAUCAUCGAAGAAAGCGUGACUAAUCAAAAUGAAAAUAUUAAAAAAGCCACAGGGUUUGUAAUUGUACCAAAAGAAGGAGUAAACGGCGAAAAAGAAACCGAAAGUGGGAAACCUGACAAAAGUGGGAUUUACGUUUGUCGGGCAAUUAUGGUGACUAGAGAGUUCAAGCCGGUUAAGUUGGAUGAGACAUGCGUCAUAAAUUUGAGAAAAAUAAAACGCAGCUUCAUUGUAACAUCGAUAUUUGGCUCCGUCGUUCUUGUGUUCUUCAGUGGCACGUUUGCUUACUUCACGAGCGUUAGCAUAUGUUGUCGUCAGCAAAGACAACGAAAACAACAAGAGAAAAAACAACUGCUAGAAAAUGUAGUGAAGAUAUCCUUCAUGACUUACAAUCUCAGUCUUGUUUCUGAUCCGUCUUCAUAUGCUACAACGGAUAAAACUAUUAAACCACAGAAUCAAAAUCUUCUUUCCCAAACCACUGGAAAGUCUAACGCUCCGUCGAAAGAAUUAUCCAAAGUAAAUGUACUAAAAGAUAAUCAACAAAAGUUGUCGGAUCAAAAAACUCGAGAACACCGAAACAGUACUUUUCGAUUUGAAAAAUUUUUGACUAAGGAUAAUUCCGUCUUAACUUCCAAAGAUACAUUCGAACCAUCACAUGAAGCAGAGAAAACAGAAAAGCUGAACAGAGCAGUAGUAAUCGACAGUUUGCAUUUGCCCAGUAACAUACCAAGAACCAAGAUACCACUAAAAUAUUCUCCGCGGAAUGCAUCAAAGUAUUCAAGGGCGAGAGAGAGAGAUUCGAACGAAAGCAAAAAAAAGGGACAGCCAAUUCUACAACUUUUACCAAAACAUGAACAAGUAUUCCAAGUUUGGGAGCACGAGUUUCAGGUCGUGAAAUCUGACUACACCAGCCACAAUCGAAACAUGCAAUGUCAAUCCUUCCAAGAGAACGCCUUACGCUUCCGACAUGUUUCGGACCAGCUGCAACAAAUUCAGGCAGCGCAAUACAAGAGAAACUCAGUGCAGGACAUAAACAAAUUUAGCGGUUUACAAUCAAAUGAGUCGGAAACAAUAGAAAAUCGGAUGUCUGAAGCCAGUGUGUCCAGACAUCUGACCGGGGAUAUCCUGCACUUCCCUCCGAGCACCAAGGGAAUUUCAGGUGGCCUCGGGAAGCUCUACGAGGAAGAUUAA